AUGAAGUUCACCCUCCCUCUUGUCAUCUUCGCCGCCGUGGCCUCCGCCACCCCGGUUGCCCAGCCCAUCGCUGAGGCCGAAGCCCAGUGGUGUCGGAUCCAUGGCCAGUCCUGCUGGAAGGUCAAGCGUGUCGCCGAGGCCUUCUCCACCGCCAUCCAGGGCAUGGGUGGUCUUCCGACCAGCGACGAGUCCGGCCAUCUUCCCGCCCAGGUCGCCAAGCGCCAGGUUGACGAGCUCGCCGGCAUCAUCGCCCUCACCCAGGAGGACGUCAACGCCUACUACGACUCCCUCAACCUCCAAGACAAGUUCGCCCCCUCCACCGAGGAGGAGAAGAAGGACGAGAAGGUCGCCAAGCGCGACGCCGAGGCCGAGGCGCAAUGGUGCCGGAUCCAUGGCCAGUCGUGCUGGAAGAAGGCCAAGCGCGAGGCUGAGGCUCAGUGGUGCCGGAUCCAUGGCCAGUCUUGCUGGAAGAAGAGAGAUGCUGCUCCCGAGGCUGCUCCUGAGGCCAACCCGCAAUGGUGCCGGAUCCAUGGCCAGUCCUGCUGGAAGGCCAAGCGCGCCGCCGAGGCCGUCAUGACCGCCAUCCAGUCCGCCGAAGCCGAGUCCGCUCUCCUCCUCCGUGACACCACCUUCAGCCCCGUCGACCGUGUUGGCAAGCGCGAGGCCGAUCCCCAGUGGUGCCGCAUCCACGGCCAGUCCUGCUGGAAGCGCUAUGCCUCCCCCGAGGCGGCUUGCAACGCCCCCGACGGCUCUUGCACCAAGGCCACCCGUGACUUGCACGCCAUGUACAACGUCGCUCGUGCCAUCCUCACUGCUCACUCUGAUGAGAACUAG